GUUGUCUUCCUUUAAGCUGAAAGACCUGCAAUCGAAAGUAGAAAUGUUGGAAACAUUUUAUAGGGCUUAUGUCGAAGAAAAGAGAGACGGGGAGAAACUUGAAAAGAGGGUUGAAGCUUUAGAAAAAGACAUUGAUAAUAUUAAAAAGAAAGGAGAAAGCAAAGGAAAACUCACCACCGUGAUUAUAUGUGAAAAUCACCAAGGUUACAUACGCUGUGACAACGAUGAGACUAUUCACAUCAUACAGGCAAAUUAUGGAAGAACAGAGGGUGGCAAUAUUUGCCCUCAUGCUUCUAUUAGAGAUACAAACUGUUACUCUACUAAUGCCAAAGGUGUAGUGGGCACCAAGUGUAAUGGAAGAAGAGAAUGCAACCUGGAAUCAAAUAACGGAAUAUUUGGUGAUCCGUGCAUAGGGACUUAUAAGUAUAUGUCAGUGCAAUUUACAUGUAUACCCGACUCGACGAACGUCUGAACUUGGCUGUUGGUCAUCAAAAAGGAAUUUAAUAUUUCCAACAAAUCAGUGCCAUAUCAUAUAGAAUUAAAUGCGAAUUAUUAAAAGAGUGUAUACCUAUCUUAAAGUGUUUUCACACAGGAAAGGGUCUUUUAGUUUGGGUAUACAGUUUACUAAGACUUGUACUUUACAUAAUAUUAUUUAUAUUAAUGCAGUAAGUAUUUUGAUAACCCAGUUACCCAUUAAAUUUCAUAUUUCUUUCCAUAAUCCUCUUAUCACUAGAACACCAUAUCUUAUCCUCCUUCAAUGAAUAAAAAGUCUGUAAAACAGUUUGUCGUGUGUUGCCACCUUUGUGACGUUUAAUAAUUUGUUUGAAAUUCUCAAAAGUAUUAUUAACAAUGGCAUAUAAUUUUAGCAGACACAAAAUAUAAAUAUGAGAA